GGUCAGACAGCCGCCUUUCCGUUGGCCAUGGUGCAGCUCCGGCCCCGCUCGUCCCGUAUUCCCGCGCCGGCUGAGGCGAUGGUCGACGAGGACCAGGCGGCCUCGGAGGAGGAGGAGGCGGAGCACGGCCUGCUGCUCGCACAGCCUAGUAGUGGCGCGGCCGCCGAGCCCCUGGUCGAGGAGGAGGACGCGGACGACGAAGCCCCGGAGGAACUGACUUUCGCCAGCGCCCAGGCGGAAGCCCGGGAGGAGGAGCUGCGCGUGCGCGCGAGUGCUCGCAGGGAUAAAACGCUGUUGAAGGAGAAGAGGAAACGGCGCGAGGAGCUGUUCAUCGAACAGAAGAAAAGAAAGCUGCUUCCAGAUGCUGUAUUAGAGCAGCUAACUACAGCUUCAGAGGCCGACAUAAAGAAGUCACCAGAAAACGUAAAAGUUAAUUUGAAAAAGGAAAGUGAACAGCAUGCAAAAGGAAGAAACUCCAAGAAAGUUAAAGUACAGAAAGUGCAGUCUGUCGGUCAGACUGAAAGCUACGUGGCUGUAAGGCUUAAAGAUGAAGAUCUGAGAGAUUCAAGGCAAGAGGCAGCCAAACACUUCAUCCACAGUUGUUUAUAUGGUUCAGAUUCCAAGAGGACUACUGUAAACAAGUUCCUGUCUCUGAACAAUAAGAGGUUACCAGUGAAAAAGGCUGCAGCCCAGUUUCUGACUAGCACCUGGGGAGCUCAGAAAGAACAAAAUGCCAAGAGGUUUAAAAAACGGUGGAUGGCCAAAAAGAUGAAGAAGAAAACUUAUAAGUGAAUCAAAGUCAAGUUAAAUGAAGAACCUGUAUUUUAACACAAUUGAGUCCUGGAGGGAGAAGCAGUUAAAGAGGAAUCUUCAUCUUUUGAGUGGCCCCAGGAAGGGGAGGGAUAAACAGAGACCACUCAUGAAGUCUUUUAGUACAGCUGAAAAGCUAUUCUGGUGGUGUUGAUGUGAUUCCUGUUAUCAAGGAAUAAGAAGUCAUUGUUAAAAAGCACAGUGUAAGAAACAAAACAAAAUCCAAAGAACAGGUGAAUAAACAUCUGUUGGAGAAGACUUCAACCUCAGCUUUAUCUAGCCAUGGAUGAAAUUCAUCUAAAUUAAGUGUUUUUGUUCUUUAAAGAGAAAGGUGUGGGGGGGGGUGUGGGGUGUGUCAGGAGAUAAUUUAUAUAGAUUCUUCCCUACCAUGUGUGUUCCAGAGGUUGUAACUAAGUGCCUUUACCUGCUGAGCAAUCUUGCCAGCUCUGGAACAGCUUUUCAAAUUUUAUUUUUAACUAGUUUGGAGGUUUUGCUUGGUUGAUAGUUACUUGUUAAGUUCCUAUUUUUCUAUUUCCUUGUGUAAGGUUUUAACUAAUGCAGUUACCUAAAGGUAGUUUUAAUCUGUAGAACUUGGACUGACAGUAAGACUCUAAGCAGUGUAUGAGAACCUAAUACAUAAAAUUCAACUGACACUAAUAUCUGUAGAAGUAGAUUUUUAAUGGCUGGUUAAUUAUAUCGCUACAUUUUUUUUAAUAUCGCUACAUUUUUAUUGCAAUAUAGUACUCAUUUAAGCACUUAAAAAUGGAAGGUGUACAAAGAUUAAAUUAAGACACGGUAAAUUGACUAAAUAUUUGGUUUUUAUAUAAAUAAAGGUCAUAACCACACUGUUGACAUGUAAUACUGUUAUAAUACAACAGUUAAACUUGUGAGUCUACAACAGAAGUCAUCUGGAGUUAAACAGGAAACAAAGUUGAAAAAGACCAUGUUAAAACAAAACUACUGGGACUAACAGGUUGGGAUUGUAAGUAGCAACAAACAUACUCACUCAGCUCCUGAGUAUUUCAAGUUUUACAGUACACAUUAAAAAUGAUUUCUUCCAUCAACACUA